AUGUUACUUCUACUGCUGGGCCUGUACUGCUUUUCAGGUGUAAAGGCAGAGAUAUUGUAUGGUAUGAAAGAUGCAGUUCCCAAACCAGCCAUGAGUGUCACUGUGGAGCAGGUGAAUGUGCCUUCGGGUCUUUGCAUCUUCAAUGUGAACUGCUCUGUCCAUGACCUGCACCUUUGGUCCCAGUGUGACCAGUACAGAUGCAGAACGGCUCAGCAAAGCUCCUCUGAAAUCAACAUCACUGCCUCCAUUCAUAGACACAAACUGUUCUGCGUCGUCCACAAUCACGUCAGCUCAAAGGAGACUUCACUGCAGACAGAAGCCUUGUGUUCCAGCACUGGACAAGAUUCCCCUGUGUCCAAUUAUGUCACUUUGGCUUUGACGACUAGUGCAUUAGCCAUUGUUGUGUUUUUAUUACUUUGUUUUGGGGCGAGGAAAUUCUUUUUAAGACGACGUCAAAAACAACAGGUUUGUGGAAAUACGACAAAGACAAAAAGCCAUUCAAAGCCACGGGUGAUAAAAAGCCAACCAAUAGAGCAGCAUUCUCAACUAAGAAUCUCCACUUCCUCAUCUCAAGCUGACGUCUCCUAUGAGAACGUAGACCCAGAAACCACUGCAUCAAACCGCGACGGAAAAGCAGACACGGUUUACUGCACGUUGGAUCUGCAGCCGACGUCUGAGUCUCAAAACUUUGACGGAAAAACAGCGACGAAGUCUCUGCGGAUGGAGCGGUCCGAUCAUGUCGACACAUUGUACAAUGCAAUCCAGAAGCCACAUGGGAGUCAGAAUCGGGAGAAAUAA